AUGCGAUGGGCUCGCCGCGAAGUUUAUCCUGUAAAGGGCGUGCCUUGGCUUGAGGACAUGGAUCAAUUUCCAAGCCGCACCAUUCAAGUCGAGGUUGAAGGAACAGAGAAAUUUACACAAGAAUCACUUUGGCAUCUGAUUCGUCCAUUUGGAAGGAUCAAGUCAAUCGAGCUUUCUACUGCCAAAGAACCCUCGCUAAAAGUGGCGCGAGUCACUUUGGAAAGUGUAAGAGCAGCAACGGUGGUACGUAACUGUCUGCAUGGUUAUCGAACUCAAGAAGGUACUUCUCUAAGGGUAUCAUAUGUUCCCAGUAUCAAAGCGCAUGCCGUUAGGAGCUGGCUCAGCUCUCAUCCCAAGAUAGUCUUACCAGUGCUCGUACUUUUGCUGGGAGGCGUGAGCUACGCCUUCUUUGAUCCAAUUCGGACUUUUUUCAUCAAAUCCCACAUCUCAGGAGCUCUGGAUGUUCACCAAUACCAAAUCGUGAAUUGGCUUGAAAAAGAGACACGCACCCGGUUCUCGUUCUUCACGCCAGCUAACGAAGGUCAAUCUGAAGACGCGAGCGGGGCAAGUGUAGUCGAGGUGGAGAGGAACGAAGCAUUGGACAAAUUGAGAGGAUGGAUAUCAGGCUUGCCAGAGACCUUUGUGGUUAUCAGCGGACCAAAAGGGAGCGGAAAGGGUGCACUGGUGGAAGAGCUGAUUCGCCCUCGAAAGAAUGUGUUGGUCAUCGAUUGUGAGAAGGUUUGUAAGGAUGCUUCGAGUGAAAGAAGACGUGUAGCAAAUUUGGCAAAGGAAGUGGGAUACUUUCCAUAUUUUACUUUCCUUGGAUCUAUCAAUCAUCUUAUUGACUUAGGAUCAGUAGGACUGAUCGGACAAAAAGCUGGAUUUGAAAGCUCCAGUGAUACAGAGAUUAGACAAUUAUCAUCUUGUGUCAAUACAAUGCAGAUCUUAGAUUUGGUCGAGGUGGCACUUGCAAAAGUCUCAGAGGAAGUGUCGAAACAGAUCAAGACUACGCUAAAUACUCCUCCAGGUGAUAGUGCAGAAGUAUCUGUACAAGAGAAAACCGAUUUUGCAACGAGGACAGCCGAGCUGCAUCGAGGGUACAGUAAUGUACCGGUGGUGGUCUUGAAAGGAUUUUGCACCGGACAAGCCAACAAUGAUGAUUACUUAUGGGAUGGUCUAGCUGAAUGGGCGAGUCGCUUGACGGAGAAAAAGAUUGCACAUGUGGUUUUCACGUCCGAAAAUGUCGGGGUUGGAAAGCCGCUUAGCAAAGCGCUUUCAAGUCGUCCGAUGAACUUGAUACAUUUAACCGAUGCAAAUCCUGAUAGCGCACUGCAAUAUAUUGCGCGACAGAUGGCUCGGCCUGAUGAUCGCGCAAUGAUUCUUAAUCCGAUCAAUGGUCCAUGUAUAGCCAAGCUAGGCGGAAGAUUGACCGAGUUGGACAAACUCAUCGAGAAGAUCAAAGCCGGGGUUCAACUGGAGGUUGCAGUGGAGGAGAUUGUGAUGCGAUCCGUGAUGGAGAUCAAGAAAAAAAUCACAAUAGAUGGUGAAAAUGGUGAUGGUGGGAAAUGGAAUAGGACUCAAGUUUGGGGGCUGAUUCGCGCCUUGGAUAUGCAGGAUGAGUUGAUGUGGCAUGCUACGGUGGUGGACCUCUUUGACGGGGAUGAGAGCGGUCUUUAUGCGUUGGAGGAUGCCAAUUUGAUCACCAUUGUACAUCAAGAUCUCGGAGGAUCAGUCAUCCGGAUCGGAAAACCAAUCUACCGCACUGCCAUCCGACGAAUCUUGGAAGAAGAUGUGGCCUUUACAGCUUACCAGGAUCGAAUAGCAUCAAUGAAGAAGUUAAAGAAAGCUGAAGAGGAGAUCAAACAGAAGAUCGGGGAACUGGUGGAAUUAGCAAAAUUGUUUCCAAUCAUCGGAACGAUUGGUUCUAGUUCUAAUUGGAGCCUGGGAUCAUCUAGCGGGAAACUUCCAGAUGAAAUCAAGUGGAAGGUUGAAAAGACGUUGAAGAAGUUAAAGACCUUGCAAGGUCAGGUUGAUCAACUGGAGAAAUCAGUGGAACUGGCGAAAAAAGGUCUGGCGAAGUGA